UGAAUUAUCUUCUCAUUUCAAUUACCUAAAAUUGUGAACAUUACUGGACUGACUAUCAUAGUAUUACAUAGUGUAAGGCAAACAAUGCAGAAGUCAGUAUGGUACAAUUUAUUCUUUUAGGUAAUAUGGUUAAUUGUUGGUGUUAUAAAAUAAAUACUUUCCGUAUGCUCAACUGAGCAACGUUGAAUAUUAAUGAUGUUUGAAUUAAAUCUUUGCGUAUACUGUAAUUGUGGGUAUGAUCACUUAGAAAAUAUAUACAUUUGGUGUAAGAAACGUACGCUUCUCGGUCCAGUGACUGAUGAAUCUUUGGCCAACGAAGAUAAAUGGUUUUGAAUGAAGAUUGAUUAAUGCGUUCGUUCAAAUGAUCUAUAAAAAAAGUAUGUGAGAACAAUAAAAUCUUGCAACUCGUGAUUGCCUAAUUUUCGUGUGAUAUCGAAGAUACCUCAUAUUUAACAAAUCGAUGUAGAAUCGUAAUUUUCAACUAUACGAGCUGCAAUGCGAUUUGUACCAAUCUCAAUCAUGAUCUACUACUAUAAAUAAGAAAAAGGACAAGGGUUAUCAGCGCUUUGUAAAUUUUCUUGAAAUAAGAAAAUGUUGCUAUACCAAUAAAUCUUUGUAAGACUAUUCGAUGAUUAAUUUAUGUACUUGUAAACUUAAGAUACUUUACUUAGUACUUGUUACAAGGCAUGGAAGUUGUUUGGAAAAAUAUCAAAUUUAAAUAUAUAUUUGCUUGCAUUUUAAUCACAUUUAUUAUUUCAUGUCUGAUAAGUAUUGCUCCUAUAAGUAUUGAUGAAUGUAAAUGUGAAAUUGCUACACAAUCAAGUCAAUACAAUAACAAUAAAUUGCAGAAUAAUGAUAAUAAAGUUUAUAAAAAAUCAUUACAUCAUUUAGCUAUACUUGUGCCAUUUCGAGAUCGUUUUGAAGAGCUAUUAAUAUUUGCUCCUCAUAUGAAAAAAUUUUUGGAUAAACAAAAUAUAGAUUAUCAUAUAUUUGUACUUAAUCAGGUUGAUAGAUUUAGAUUUAAUCGAGCCUCUCUUAUAAAUGUAGGCUUUCUUGAAAUUGACAAAGAGUUUGAUUAUAUAGCUAUACAUGAUGUAGAUUUAUUGCCUAUAAAUGAUGAAUUAUUGUAUUCUUUCCCCAAUAAGGGUCCAUAUCAUAUAUCUUCUCCAGAAUUACAUCCUAGAUAUCAUUAUCCAACUUUUGUUGGUGGAAUAUUACUUAUUAAAAGAGAACAUUUUAUGCAAGUAAAUGGAAUGUCUAAUAAAUAUUGGGGAUGGGGUCUUGAAGAUGAUGAGUUCUAUGUUCGAUUAAAAGAAGCUGGAUUAACUGUUAUGAGACCACAAAAUGUAUCUACUGGAACGCAUAAUACAUUCAAACAUAUACAUGACAGAAAUCAUAGGAAACGAGAUAUGAUAAAAUGUUAUAAUCAACGGGAAGUUACUAGAAAACGAGACCGUCAAACUGGCUUAAAUAAUGUUUCUUAUAAAAUAUUAGGUACAGUUAUAAUGACAAUUGGGGAUACUCCAUUAACAGUCCUUAAUAUUUCUUUAAUGUGUGAUAAAAUGAUUACACCUUGGUGCGAAUGUGAUAAAAUUGUUGGAUCCAAAGAUGGAAAAUCAAAGGAGAAAAAGAAAGUUAAUAAUAACAAGUCUGCCACUGGAUUGUAAUUAUUCUAACAAAAGUUACAUUAAAAGAAAAAAAGAACACACACAAAUACACGUGUAGUUAAAUGUAUUUAUUAUCAUUAUACUUUAUAUUAUUGAAAUGAGCCAAAUGAUUAUUUAGUUAAUUCAAAGGCAAUAUCAUCGAUCACUCACUCCUGAUCUUAUUUUACACUCAUGAUAGAUCACAAGUAUUGAUAUGGCGUUGCCUUUAAAUUAAC